GGAGGAAACCGUGAAAGUUGUGUGCAGUUUAUUAAUGGAUCUCUGAGAGGUUGUUUGACCGUUCACGCAGAGAAAUCUGCGAAAGUGCCUGUUAAUCUCAUUGUAAUUUACAUUCAAUCAUUCUCACAAGAAAAAAUCAUUUUUCGUGAUAUAACCUCGACCAUUUAACAAAGAUGUCUCACGACCAUAUGACACAUAUGAUAAAUGCAUCAGAUGGCCACUCGGCUCAUGAUGCCCACGCAUUCCAUCAAAGUAUGGAUCACUCAAAUAUGGACCCAAGUAUGUCUAGUUCUAUGGAUCAUUCUAACAUGCAUCACGAGAGUAUGAACCACGAGGGUCACCCUGUUGCAUCCACCGCAGAAGCGUGUGCUAACAUGGGGAUGCAUGGUAUGUCGGCGAUGACAUUCCAUGGAGGAUAUUGUGAAAAUGUAUUGUUCGAAUCUUGGAAAAUCUCGUCGGUCAGUGGCCUCGUAGGGUCGAUAAUCGGUAUCAUGAUUAUGGCCGCACUUUACGAGGGGUUGAAGUAUUAUCGGGAAUACCUGUUUUGGAAGAUGUACAAUUCCCUUCAAUACAGAAGCGUCACGAUGCCACCAGAAAAAAACGUCGUGGCGGAAGAUAAUCGAGUCGUACAUAUGGACGGAGUAGUAAUUCACAAACAGCCGCCUACAAUGUUAUCAUGGAUGCAUACGUUUCAAACAUUGUUACACAUUGUGCAAAUCGUGCUGUCAUAUUUCCUCAUGCUGAUCUUCAUGACUUACAAUGUCUGGUUAUGUUUUGCUGUAGUUUUUGGUGCGGCAAUCGGUUACUUUUUAUUUGGAUGGAAAAAAUCUGUUGUUGUAGAUGUUACAGAACAUUGUCAUUAGUUGUUUACGUAUUUGCAAUACAUUGUGUUUUUACGACAAAAAUGUACAUAAUUGUACAUUGCCAAAAGGUUCAUUCUAAUCAGAGGAACUUCCAAUAAUUAUAUGUAAUAUAUCGAAUGUCUGUAGCGAGUGAUAGUGUUACGUCUGAACGAGACAUGUUUGGAUCGAGUGCUUGAAAUUAGAGUGCGAAAUGAG